CGAAGAGAGAGAGACCGCAACCGUCUACAAACACAGUCACGGCGACAGGCGCCGUGUACAUCUGUACGAAGGAAAGUUUCACGAGUUUCGUUUUCUCAGAGCCGACAUGCCGAUAGCACGUAGUACGUCGUCGUCGGGAAUGAAGCAACUUCGUGCUUUGGGCUACCUUCUACUGUGCUUCCUCAGGUACUGUGACCUCACCUUCGCCGAUGUCAAAGAACUGGAAAAAACUGGACCGUGCAAGCUGGAGUUCUUCGGCGCCACGACGACCUGGAAGAGCCCGCAUUACCCAAAGGCGUCCCAGCCGCCUCUGAGAUGCGAGGCAGUCCUCGAGGCGUCCGACAAGGGUCACGUGCUCAGACUGGACUUGGCCGACGUAUACCUCAACGAAGGAAACGACCAGUGCGGCGUCUCCAAGCUGGAGGCUUCUGAAGGCAUCAACGUCACAGGGCCGUUCAACCUGGGUCCGUUUUGCGGUGCCCAGUCGGAGAACCAGUACGUGACGUCCAAAAGCCAUCGACUGCGGCUCAAGUUGACCUUGGAGAGCGACGUCGAGGAAGGUCAUUUCUUUGUCAGAAUCGACACCAUCAAAGACGUGUAUGGACACCCCGUGCUCAGCAGGCCGCUGGACCAAGGGUGGGAGAAGGGCUCCCACCCUUGGCAGGUGCUGUUCAGGCUUCCCGACUCACCCGCUCACUGCGGCGGCGCACUUCUGAACGAACACUGGGUGCUGACGGCCGCCCACUGCUUCGAGCUACUUGGAAAGGAUGCCGAGUCAUCGCAGGUACAAGUGCUGUUGGGAAAGCACAACCAGUUCGCAUCCGAACCCUACCAGCUAGCAGCCCGGAUCGAGCACGUCUUCACCCAUCCGGACUAUGACAGUGACUCUCAGGAUGCCGACGUAGCCCUGGUGAAGCUGGAUUCCGAUGUGGAGUUCAGCGACUACGUACGGCCUGUGGCGCUCGGGGACCCGGACUUCGUGCAGAAAGAGUUCUUUUCCAAGCCCGACAUUCAUGGAGUCGUUUCUGGCUGGGGCAGGACUGACAAGGCCGACCACUCCAAGGUGCUCCAGGAGAUACGUGUCCCUAUCAAGGCAGCCGUGGUAUGCAAGGCAUCCACCGAACUAGAGGUCACGGACAACAUGUUCUGUGCUGGUUACUCUAAAGGGCAGACUCAUAGAGACACUUGCGAAGGAGACAGUGGGAGCCCCUUCGUCGCUGAAAGCAAUGGGAAAUUCUACGCAGUUGGCAUCGUCAGCUUUGGCGAACAGAGCUGCCUGUCCAAGGGCAAAUAUGGCUUUUACGCCAAAGUCCACAAGUUUACUCCAUGGAUACGAAAGACAGCUGGAUUAUAAAGGUUCA